CUGCAUCAAGCCAAUAGAGAAGUGUGGCGCUGCCACUGGCUGGUGUUCAUUGUGCUGGUGGUGCGCGGAAUAGAAAACACUUGGAUGAGUAAAAAUAGUUUCUAACGGGCGCUUGAACUGGAGUGAUGUUUCAGAAGACUUCGGGAUGGUAGGGACAGACGGGAUGCUGCAGAAGUAGAACAUCUCCAGCUGCUGGCUUUUAACUUUUGUCCUAGGACACAAGUCGAGAGUGCCGCUCUUCCGUCUCCCUGUUAAAUGUGCAAUGAAGAAGAUGACGAUCCAAGCUUCCCGUAGGAAAGUUCUGCAGGUGUGUUUGCUCCUGGCGCUGGUGGGAGGACUACAGGGCAGGGUAACGGCACCAGAGCAUCUGGAAGCGCCUGUGGAGAAGCCCUUCACUCUGACCUGCAGUGUUUCAAGGGUCGGGGGUGAAUCCCUGAGGCAGGUGCGCUGGCUGGACGUCCAGAACCAGACCCUGCUGAGCUACCAGCCCGGCCAAAGGGACAGCGUGAGUGGACAGCAGCACGUGGAGCUCGCCGCGUCCCCAAAGGACACCUCGGCCAUCACCAUCCGCAGAGUGGGCUUCCGCGAUGAGGGUUGCUACACAUGCAUCUUUGACAUGCAUCCUUCUGGUUCGAAGCAGGGCAAGACCUGCCUCACUGUCACCUCACAAGUCACCGUGGACAGCAACAAGACGGCGGUGAUGGGCAAGAAGGCGUCGCUCGCGUGCUCCUUUGGUUUGCCCGAGAAGGUGCGAGAGGUCAUAUGGAGGUACACUCCUGCGCAAGGGGACUCCACAGGAGUGGCCUCCUUUGCGAAGCGCAGCGACCCCAUGAUCGAGCCGCCGUACCAGGGGAGGGUCUGGCUCAGCGCCUCCCUGUCCGACAGCCAGCUCACCAUCCAACCCGUCACCAUCCAGGACGAGGGCUGCUACACCUGCCUGUACAACACGCACUCGGACAAACCAAAGAGUUCCACAGUUUGCCUCUCCACCUAUGUGCUGCCCAAACCCCAGGUGAGCUACAAGACUACCUCUCCCGGUGUGAUCGAGGCCAACUGCACCUCAGUGUCACGACCCCCGGUGGAGAUCGUGUGGAACGUGGAGAGAGAUAACCGCACCAUGGGCCCGCCCGUGACCACACAGCUCCCGCAGGGCGACGGGACCACCCUGGUCGUCAGUACGCUGACUGUCCGGUCAGGACUGCUCAAAGACGUGUCCGUCAAAUGCUUGGUGCACCACAAAGGCCUCGAGUCACCGAUUGCUGUAUCCAUGAACACUAAGAUUGGGACGGCUCUCACCAUCCUGAUCUCCGUCACCACGGUAGCAGCUCUGUUGGUCAUGUCCCUCUGCUUCUGCCUGUGGAAGUGUUUCUUGCGCAAAGAAGUGGAUUAAAUUUUCCCGAGCAGGCCAGGGCCUGAAAAGAAGAGCCAGUGCUUCUCAGACCCAACUAUGCAGAACUGAUUCCCUGCAUCAUCAUCAACAUCCUCAUUAUCAACAUCAUCAUCUUGGUACAAAUUGAAGAUGUUCUGACACGCCUCUUUAGGUGUGUCCAUCACAAUCCUAUUUAUGAGCACCGACCGUUGGACGUUCAACUCUGCUCUUCUGCCUCUGCAUCUGACUCUCAUAUAAUCUUUAGGCUGUGCUCACUUGAAGUCUGCGAGGGAAUGUUGACUCAGGCACUGUAAUUGAUUGAGUCGAUGGCCACAGAUUCCACGACAAACAGCAAAGUCGCAGUACAGCAAUUUCGCCGGUACAGCAUAUUUCAUGUCCUUAAAAUGUUUCCCUCUGUGUGUGUCUCUGUCUUUUUCCUGGUUCUUAAAGAAUAAGUCUGGUGACAUUUCAUAUUUUUUCUUACUAAAAGUAAAUCCUAUUUUUAAAAAAAACCCACCAAAAACACAUCAAUGAGCCAUAUGGUGCAGCAGAGACAUGCACAUUGGCACUGUAUUUUACACCAUCCUGCUCACUAGCUCAUUCAAAUGUCUGUUAAUCCACGGAUGAAAAUAGUCCCCAUGAUGCACCAUUUAUCCUACUGCUGUUUGAGUAACAUAUGUUAAAAACUAGUGUCCAGCUGUAUGAAAUGAUUUAGCUUUUUGUAAUGUUGAAACCACAUGUUCAUGCCCUAUUCUUAAAGUUGUUCUUCGUUAGUCUUAGUUAGUUCAUAAACCAGACCAGUAUUAUAGAGAUGGACUAAUGCUUUACUGUAAUAUGUUUUGGAUUUUAAUGGGCUUUACGAAAGAAGGAAAAAUAUAGAAUAUGUAAAUAUAGAAUAACACAGCUGAUCUGCUUCCCUUUAAGAUUUCUCUUCUUCUUUUACCUCAGUCGAUGACCUCCAUCACGUGUGUUGUUUUGUGGAAGCUGGGUGGGGUGUGUGAGUGUUUGUGUGUGUGUGUGGUGAGAGUGUGUGUGUGUGUGUGUGUGUGUGUGUGUGUGUGUGUGGUGAGAGAGUGUGUGUUUUUGUGUGUGUGUGUGUGUGUGUGUCUGUGUUUAGUAAGAGUUUGUGUGUUUGUGUGUGUGUGUGUGUGUGUGUGUGUGUGUGUGUAGAGGUUAAAUUCCAUGAAGAAAUAGCUUGAAUCAAUUCCCUGAGGAAGAAACGCUGAAACCUUUUUGGUGCCUCUGAGAGGAAUGUUUCUCUUGUUGCCUUGUCUCCAUCAUAGAGUCCAACGAGUUCCUGUGUGUGAACUCACGUUGGGCUGUUGAGGUGAAAAAAAUGACUCAAGGCUGCAGGUUUAACAUCCCACAGAGCAACUCUGCUCCUCAUCUACAUCUAUGUUGCUCUGGAUCAAUGAGGCCCCGCACACGCCUGAGAUAUAACAUAAUGAUGCUUCUGGGAUAUAUAAAGUUUGUGUAAAAAAAUGUGUGUGCAUUUAAAAUGUGAGUUUCAUCCUGAAAUAGUCUUGCGUAUGAAAGCAUAUGAUUUGAAUCUGCCAGUUAUUUACUUUAUGGACAGAAGAAUGACUUGCAGGUCGUUGGACUUCAAGCUCAGCACUUCAAUCGCAUUCCUUCCUCAUUAGUAAUAUGAUUAUUCAGUCGUAAUAUGAUCGUCAGUGGCGUUCCUCUGUCUGUUUUCAGUAUAUGUGUACAACACUGAUUAUGAGCUCAGAUAUUACACAAGGAUAACUCUGAAAUGUAGUUUCAGAUUAGUUUUUAAUUAAAAAGCAUCCAGUCCUGUAUAGAGCAACUGUUGACACAGUGUGUUUAUGACCAACUAUUUAAACUUGACAUAAUAAAUGCAACAAAAAGAAUAAUAAAACA